UCUGAGGGGAACGGGUUGGGUUGGGGUGUCUGGCUCUCUCUCUGCAUUCAGUCGCUCACAACCCUCCCACCCGGUCCCGUUGAGGUCUGUGUAGCUCCUCCUCCGAGGAAGUGCCCUCUCCGGAGCAGUAGGCUACCACGGAUCUGCUGGCCGCCCCCCUCCCAAGGAAACACUGGCCAGAGGAGAGGCUCCGCCGCAUCGGCUCUACUUCUUCUCGGUGUUUAUUCGUCUGGUUUGGGUGAACUGUUGCCGUCAUGGCCGACGAAGGCAUGGAUGAACGGUCCCCGCUGCUCUCAGCACCGAACUCUGGGAAUGUCACACCGUCGGGACCUCCUUCGUACCUGCAGGACACGAGCCCGAGAGCAGAACUCCCUCCCCCGUACACAGCCAUCGCCAGUCCCGACCCAGGGGGGGUACCUGUCAUCAACUGCCGGGUGUGUCAGUCUCUCAUUAACCUGGAUGGCAAGCUUCAUCAGCACGUGGUGAAAUGUACUGUGUGCAACGAGGCCACGCCCAUCAAAAACCCACCGACUGGGAAGAAGUAUGUACGCUGUCCCUGUAACUGUCUCCUCAUCUGCAAAGACUCAUCGAGGAGGAUAGGAUGCCCCAGACCCAACUGCAGACGCAUCAUCAACCUGAGCCCGGUGAUGGUGAUUCCAGAGGAGCAGCCGGCCCAGCCAGCCCUGCCAGUCCAGCCUGAGGGCACGAGGGUGGUCUGUGGCCACUGUGGAAACGCCUUCCUCGGUAACGAGGACUCUGCCACGGCCCCUCCUGAUCUCCAUGACAACAGCACCUCCACAGUCCAGUGGAUGGAGCUCCGAUUUAACACACUAGCAAAAUGCCCUCACUGCAAAAAAAUAUCGUCUGUGGGCAGUGCUCUUCCAAGGAGGCGUUGUUGUGCCUACAUCACUGUGGGAAUGAUCUGCAUCUUUAUCGGAGUGGGAUUAACAGUGGGCACUCAGGACUUUGCCAGUCGUUACCAUGCCACCUAUGUGUCCUGGGCGUUCUCCUACCUCCUGGGUCUGAUCUGUCUGAUACGAGCUUGUUACUGGGGAGCCAUCAAAGUCAGCUAUCCAGAGAACAGCUUUUCCUAGACAGACAGACGGCUGUACUGUAAAUCUUCCUUUAAGUUGUUCACGUUGUUGUUGUUUAGAUUCUGACAGCUCCAAGGUCAGUCCGGUCCGGUCAGUCCUGGUCCUGGAGAAAACAGAAAUCCAGCCCGGGUUUUGCAAUUAACUCGAGAAAUCAGAUCAGUAAUUAAGACAUUAAUUGGUUCGAUAAAUCAUAAAGUGUGAUUUAAGUCAUUGAUAUUGAAAUGAAGAAACUUGACUUUGGUAAAUAUGAUGAUUACAAAGAAAGCCAGGUGGCUGGAUUCCAUUUCCUGGACCAUGGCCUGACUGACUGACUGACUGACUGGCUGGCUGACUGACUGGCUGACUGACUGGCUGACUGACUGGCUGGCUGGCUGGCUGACUGGCUGACUGACUGGCUGGCUGACAUGCUGACUGACUG